AUGGUCCGAAAAACUCGUACUCAGCAAUACGUUGAAGACGAUGAUAUCCCAGCUACUCAACAAUCAGUUAAUGCGCUUCAGGCUCAAGUCACAGCACUUGUUGCUGCGGUAGCGGCGUUAAAUACGCAGAAUACCGCCCCAGCCCUUCGCAACAGACGCGACACACGACCGCAUAACCAGGUCGACUCAGAGGAGGAAGAUGACGACGAUGAAAAUCUGUUCGCUCCUCUCCAACGAACUCAACAAAACCGCAACAACAAAAACGACUCCGACUCCGAUGAUGACACAACCAACAACUCGUGGAAAUCUAGUUUCAAAAUUGAGAUUCCAGAAUUCAAGGGUUCAUCCAUACCAGAAGAAUUAAUGGAUUGGUUUGUCACCGUAGAAGAGAUUCUUGAGUUCAAAGAAAUACCAUUGGAUCGUUGCGUCCCCUUUAUCGCAAUACGGUUUCACGAUCGUGCAGCUGCCUGGUGGUCUCAAACCAAAACAACUCGCAGUCGUUUAGGGAAAUCAAAGAUCUCUACUUGGGCUAAACUCAAAAAAGAGAUGCAAAAAAAAAUUUUACCUUACAACUACGAUCAACUAAUGUUCCAGAAACUGCAGAGCCUUCGACAAGUGAGUCGAACUGUGGAUGAAUAUGCAACAGAGUUCUUUAAGAUGAUCAACCGUGUGGAAGUACGAGAUUCCGAAAAGCAACUUGUCAUGCGAUUUAUAGGAGGACUACGUCAGCAGAUUCAAUUCACCUUGAAUCUUUUUCAGCCACAGUCCCUUUCCGAAGCACAUCAACAAACUAUAACAAUAGAGAACCAAUCGCGUAUGGGUUCCCAACCUUGGGGUUCCACCAGACAGAACCGUCCUACAACAACACCAGUAACCUUAACCCCACCUGAUGCCACCGUCAAUAAAGCAGAGACAGCAUUUGUCCCAGCAAACGCGGCACAACAGGCACGACCUGGAGGGCUACGGUGUUUCACGUGUGGAGAACUUGGCCAUCGUCAAUCAGCAUGUCCAACACGUCAGCGUCGUGGGCUGCUCUUGGAAGAAAUAAACGACGAUCAAGAACCAAUUUUUGACGACGAACCCGACGACGUUGAAGCAGUAUACCCCGAUACAGGACAUCUCCUUGUCGUCCGACGAUCGUGUCUUGCCCCUAAAGCCGACGACCAAUACCCACAACGAAAUAGACUCUUCCAGUCACGGUGCACAAUCAAUGGGCGUGUUUGUUCGUUUGUAAUAGAUUCUGGUAGCUGUGAGAACGUUAUAGCAGCGGAGGUAGUAUCCAAGCUCGAUAUUAAAGACGAACCACAUCCCACGCCCUAUAAACUCGCCUGGCUACAACAGACUCACGAUCUCUUUGUCACUCGCAGAGCAUUGGUCACUUUUUUAGUAGGUAAUAUAUACAAGGAUCAGGUUUACUGUGACGUCGUCCCUAUGGAUGCCGCACACUUACUCCUUGGCAGACCUUGGGAGUUUGAUAGAAGAAUUACUCACGACGGCUUCCUCAACACUUACAGCUUCACCUUCGAUAACCAUAAACUCGUUUUGAAACCGUCCCCUCCGAUGUUACAGCCACCUCCGGCUCCACAGAAGCCGCCGUCUAGUACCUUUCACGGACCGAUCGAUUCAUUGAGGUUCCGCAAGCUUAUAAACAAUUGA